UUCGUCGAUUCGUCGAAUUAUACAGUUACAUAUAUUAUACACUCAAAAGCGAUAAACAGCUUGGCGCCCACCCGGAUGAACGGGAUAACAGGCUGAACAAGCUGCUGUUUUGGGAUUCAAACCUCCAAUGAUCCCCAGCCUUCCAUAUCUAAGCCAAGGGUCUCAACCGAUUGACGACGACACUGCAAAACCUCCACUUGUUCUCCACUCCAUCAGUAUCUUCUCCAUCGAUUCAACUGCCUUACCCCACUAUUAGUUACGAUAUCGGCGGGAGAAACAACGAAAAAGGCUGAGAGCUCACAUACAAAAUAACUUCCUGCCCAAAACCUCAACUGUCCUCUCUGCCUUCCCCUUUGGGUUUCAUACCUGCCUAAGCCAUUUCUCACUCCCUCGACCACGCAUUUCCCCGCGGGUAGGUAGCGUAGCACGGGACCGAACUCCCGAGGCAAUCCCACUUUACGCUCGGCCAACCACCAACGGCGCAUAAGUCUUGCUCCGAACACUGCAUUAACGUCUCAGGAAAUUCUUCCCCUCUCUUACCGCUAUCAUGAGCCCCUCUCGAACAAUUCUCUCGCGGACACUCUCCUCCCUCGCUCCUCGACCCGUUUCCCAGGCCUCCAGGAAAUCCGCAUUCGCGCGCUUCACUCAACUACAAUAUUCCACGAUGACGGUAUUCCAGAAGAUCAAGGUCAAGAACCCGGUGGUGGAGUUGGACGGUGAUGAGAUGACCCGGAUCAUCUGGCAGGAUAUCAAGGACAAGUUCAUCCACCCAUACCUCGAUAUCGACCUCAAGUACUACGAUCUGGGACUCGAGUACCGUGACGAGACCAACGACCAGGUCACCAUCGAUGCCGCCGAGGCUAUCAAGAAGUACUCUGUCGGUGUCAAGUGCGCCACCAUCACCCCAGAUGAGGCUCGCGUGGAGGAGUUCAAGCUUAAGCACAUGUGGCUGUCGCCCAACGGCACCAUCCGUAAUGCUCUUGGAGGAACCGUUUUCCGUGAGCCCAUCGUCAUCCCAAGAAUCCCACGUUUAGUUCCGGGAUGGAAGAAGCCCAUUAUCAUCGGCCGCCAUGCUUUCGGUGACCAAUAUCGUGCUAAGGAUACCGUGAUCAAGGGCAAGGGUAAGCUCACCAUGGUCUUCACCCCAGAGGGAGGAAAGCCAGAGGAGAUUGAGGUCUACAACUUCAACGGUGGUGGUGUCGCCCAGACCCAGUACAACACCGACGAGUCCAUCGCCGGCUUUGCCCACGCUUCUUUCAAGCUUGCCCUCUCCAAGAGCCUUCCUCUGUACAUGUCCACCAAGAACACCAUCCUGAAGAAGUAUGAUGGCAGAUUCAAGGACAUCUUCCAGGAGAUCUAUGACACCAUCUAUGCCAAGGAGUUCGAGGCCAAGAAGAUAUGGUACGAGCACAGACUCAUCGACGACAUGGUCGCUCAGAUGAUGAAGUCCAGCGGGGGAUACAUCAUGGCUCUCAAGAACUACGACGGAGAUGUGCAGUCCGACGUCGUGGCCCAGGGCUUCGGCUCUCUCGGCCUAAUGACCUCCGUCCUCAUCACCCCCGACGGAAAGAGCUUCGAGUCCGAGGCCGCCCACGGCACCGUCACUCGCCAUUACCGCGAGCACCAGAAGGGUAACGAGACCUCCACUAACCCCAUUGCCUCCAUCUUCGCAUGGACCCGUGGUCUGAUCCAGCGUGGAACCCUCGACAACACCCCCGAGGUUGUCAGCUUCGCUGAGGCCCUCGAAAAGGCCUGUAUCGAUACCGUCGAUGUCGAUGGUAUCAUGACCAAGGAUCUGGCGCUUGCGUGCGGACAGACCAGCCGUGAUAGCUACGUCACCACCAAGCAGUACAUGGAGGCUGUUGAGAGGCGGAUGCAGAAGGCGCUGAAGGCCUCGCUGUAAAUGUCUUGUGUGUACAUGUCAAAGCCGGCCUAGGCGGCGAUGUCCUUGAGUUCUUGUCAGGUCUUUCUGUUGGGUUUCUUAAAGUGCAUGGCAGCUCAGCUGAAGGCGCUGGUGUCCUGUCACCUCGCAUUGCCGGGAGUUGGGUUUAUAAACUCGUUUCCAAUGGUGAUGCCCAGUCGUGCAUGUUUGGGAUUUGUGUUGGAAAUGUAUAUUUCUAGCUCCCCAUUGACAAUGCACUCAAUGAGUCAUACGGAAAGUCCUGACAAGCACUCUCGAGCAUCGUCGCUACGGUCGUUCAUUUUCGCACAUAGAGUGGUGGAGGAGGAUAGUGAUAUAAGGGCGCAUAGAGUCUCGGGCCGCCAAGAAAUUUGAAGGCGAGGCUAGUCGUAGGGUAGAGGGUGCGUUUAAAACGCAAGAGAUAUCCAUUGUAUAUAGACUCUGGAGCUGCCGGUAGAUCAACUCCAUUGCCGAACGGCGUAACCCAACGAACCAACCAAUGCCUUCACUGCGUGAGGGUGAUGUAGGUGGUGAGGGGUGGCUAAAGAUCCCGAGGUAUUUUCUUCCACUUUAUGGCGGGCCCGGCGGAAAGGAGGAUGGUGUGGAGGAUACAGGUCUACCUGGAUGGUGUGUGGAAUUCACAUGUCAGGUUUGUUUGGAGCUCAGUUUGUCGUGAUAAUAAAGAUUUUGUACUUCGUUACUGUACAUACUUAUACAGUACUUCGUCUUCAUAGUUGUUUCAUCCAGUACUAGCAGUGUUCGUAGAGUGUCAAUAUCAAAUCCAGGCUCCAUAUUUCUGCCGCCCAAAAAAGGGAUAAGAAGCCAGCAUUUCGCUUAGUUUUAUUUUAGUAGUGCUCAAUAGCGCCGAGUAAUUAGAGGUCGGCGCCAAAUUUGUUAUUAUAGCCAUAGCCUUAGAGCUCCCGCUCUCCUCAAAAGUGGAAGGGAAGGACCCCCAUGGACGAAGGAAGGGUGCAUCGGGUUGUGCAAAGCCGGCGUAUAUGAGCGUUCAUUUUCACUCGGCAAUUCCCGAGUACCACAUAGCAUAUCAGUCACAGAA